AUGAAGUCACUUAGAACCCUUCACUUUCAUGAUGUGGUGUACAAAGACAGUGAAUCUGUUCGUAACCUUUUCUGUAGCUGCCCGAAUCUUGAACAUUUGGUCUUGCAUCGAGUUUACUCCCAUGGUGUUGAACUGAACUUCGUUAUUGAGGCGCCGUCAUUGAAGACACUAUCGCUUUACGGUAAGAGCUAUGGCCAAAAGGAUGAUGAAUAUGUGAUAAACGCUCCUUCUUUGAAAUACUUGAGUAUUGAAUGGUUGCAAAGUUGCGACUUUUUUCUGAUUGAGAAUGCGUCCGAGCUAGUCGAGGCAGAUGUUCGAAACGUCUCUGCUGUAGCCAAUGAGACGAUUUUGGGAUCUCUCAGCUCAGCCAAACGUCUUUACUUGGACUUAUCACCUUUGCAGAUUACAAAUCCCACUGGUUUUAUCUUCUAUCGGCUGUUAUAUCUUGAGAUGUGUACACAUAAAAUGGAGUGGUGGAAUCUACUUACAGCCAUGCUUGAUAGCUCUCCUAAACUACAAGUCCUCAAGCUCAUUGAUCAUUCGUCUCAUCGGCCAAGUCUGAUUUAUGACAAGAAAAAGAGGGACGAGGGAGAAUGGAAUCGACCAGAGUAUGUCCCUGAGUGUUUGUUGUCCCAUCUCGAGACAUUCGUGUGGACAAGACACGAUUGGAUAAGAGAAGAAGAGAAAGAAGUGGCUAGAUACAUUCUAAGCAACGCAAGACAGUUGAAGAAGGCAACUUUCUAUAUUGAUCCCAUUGAAUCGAGAAAGCACUUCGAGUUAGCCAAAAGACGAAAGAUGCUCGACGAAUUGCCUGCUGUGGUUAGGGCUUCAGGUUCAUGCGACCUCGUGAUUGAAUUAGAAUGA